UGUCCGCACCGCCGAAGAAGAAGAAGAAGGAGUGGAGGAGGAGAAGGAGGAAGGAUAGGAGUGGAGGAGAGGAGAGAGGAGUCAGGAGUCAGGAGUCAGGAGUCAUGCUUUCAGUUGAUGUUUUAGCAUCAUGGCUAAACAGUACGACGUCCUGUUCAGGCUGCUGAUGCUCGGAGAUUCGGGCGUCGGGAAGACGUGUAUGUUACGGCGCUUUACGGAAAGUGAAUUUGAUAAUUCGCACAUUUCUACCAUCGGGCUUGAUUUUAAAAUGAAAACAUUGGAAAUGGAUGGAAUCAAGGUGCGAGUGCAGAUAUGGGACACUGCAGGUCAGGAACGGUACCAGACCAUCACCAAACAGUACUAUCGCCGGGCACAGGGUAUCAUCUUUGUAUACGACAUCACAAACGAGCCGUCCUUUCAGCACAUAGUGAAGUGGGCCACUGAUGUAGAUGAGUAUUCUCCAGAAAAGGUGCAGAGAAUCUUGGUAGGGAAUAAAUCCGAUGAUGAGCCGAGGAGGCAAGUGACCAAAGAACAAGGAAGCAAGCUGGCAGAAAUCCACGGCAUGGAGUUCUUUGAGACGAGCGCUUGCACCAACAGUAACAUCACUGAGUCGUUCACGAGGGUGACAGAACUGGUGCUGCAGUCUCACAAGAGAGACGUGGACAACUUGUUGGGCUCUCUGGAUGAUUAUUUGGACAUGGUCGCUCAGGAGGAAGAGAAGGACAACCAAGCUGCCACCGACGGCGCUCAGAGGACCUGCGCCUGCUAGUCGCAAGACCGUCACAGUACCGUAGAUGAUUGGUAAAGACGUCCCUUUUUGGCAGACACCAAAACUGCUGGUAAGACGGUGCUGGAUCGGGAUUUCAUGAGUGGCGUUUACAGGUUUUGAUUCAAGCCAAACACUUGUUUCACCGGCUGGGCGGUUAGAAUAAAAACCUGCAGACGAUUGGCCUGUCACGUCACUGAUUGGCCCGCCCCUUGCUGUAGUGUCAUACAGAGGGAAAGGCAGUUUGCAGGAGCCCCACUCAGAGGGACUACACGAUCUGCAGUUCAUGUAUUGUAUGUUUGAUGCAUUUUCUUUCCAAAACAGCUGUUUGUACCACAUGCCUACCUUAUUCCUUCAUAUCUGAUUGGUAGCCUCCUGCAAAGUCAGACUGUGGACCCAUGUUUUAAAUAAAGUGAGCUGAUUAAUGACGCUGUAAAAAGGUUAGCUCAAGGAUAAAAGUAAUUAUUUAUUAUCCGUGGAAACACAGACCGAGCUGAGACAGACUGAUUUUACACAGCGGGGAGAGAGAGAGAGUGCUGCGGCCUGUACCGGUACCUUGCUGAAUCAAAUGCAUGUUUGUGUUGUGUGGUGAUGUAAGUUGUGCAUUUAAUGUAAUUUAUUUUUUGGGUCCAAUGAAGUGCCAUAAAUGGUGUCAUUUUGGCUGUUGUAGGGGUUUGUGGUGGUAAAAUUGAGGAUGUUGCAAAAAAAAAAAAAAAAAAAAAAUUCCAAAUGUCUCAUGUUUGCAAGAUCAAUAAACUAGAAUUAAUUUUUUUUUAACUAAUUAUGGGGUGUAAGAGCCUUGAUGAGUCAGUAAAUUAAAUUUGAUCAGGAGUUGUUUGAAUUUUUCAUCACUUGCUGUGAAAGGAGAAUGAUCAUGUCUUGAAUAUUUAAUGAUUGGAAACUGAUAAAAUGUAUAAAAAGUUGUGAAAACAAAA